CCUGAGUAUUGUGCCCCUCAUAUUUCAUACUUCAUGUUUGUUUUCUGUGUUGCAUGCUCAUUGCUCCUCAAUCUGUGUGUAGCAUUCUAGCAUUACAUUGACAGUAUGUACAGGGCAUUAAAUGUAAUGUUACAUGUGUAAAGUGCAUUCAUUCUCAAUCUGUGGUAAAGUGUAAUGUUUUUUAUAAAUACGAUUUGUUAUUUUCCACAAUUUUUGUUAUCAAAUCAGCACUUGUAUUGCACGACUUGAGGUUAUUCAUUUUUAUUAUUAAAAUUUAUCCAAAUAGUAAAGAGAGUGUAUCUAUUGCACUUUACUUUGGAUGCUAUUAUAGAUGAAGUGCCAGAUUAUUACCUGUUUCUAAUGGUUUCCAACUGAAACAUUUGCUGUAACCCAACCUAGAAGACUUGUUAAAAUAUAUAAUAACAACAUAGGCACCAAACAAGAAUCAAAACCAACAAGAAGAAUAGGAUGGUUCGGAAAAAAUGUCAUAAUAGAAAAAAGAGUGGAUCUGAGCUAAUUUAAAAAUUGAGUGAUGGAUCUGGCCUCAUGUGUUGAAGAAAAUGAAACCCCUUUUCUUAUAGACAGUGGUACAGAAAGUAUUACUGAAAGCCCAUUAGAUACUGAACAAUCCGAGAAUUCCACACUUUGCAAUGUCAAAAUUAAUUGUUUGAAAGGCAAGGGCAAAUUGACACUAGCAACCUCAUUAAUAGACAAGUCAUUCUCAGUGGAGGAAGAUGAAUUGUGUACCCCUCUUGAGCCAACUCAAGUUGGAAUAUUUCACCUUACACCUUCUGCUUCCCCCAAUAGCACAUCUACUGAAGAAACUUCUGAUGAAGAUGAUGGAAUUGAGGAUAUAAUACACAUUGAUGUAGACAAUAAUCGGCUUCAAAAGUUAUCAGUUCCGUCAGACUUGGAUGACAUUCAUUUAGAGACAAGUUGUGUGGAGGAUGAAAAACUAAUUGAUUAUGAUGAUUCUGCAGAAAUUAUACCCGUUGAUCAAACAAACAUCACAAGUUCUUCCAUAUUGCGAAAAACAUCUUGUUUGGAUUCCUCCUUAAGUGAUGACCAAUCAGAAACUAGGCAUGUUUGUUUUCCUGCAGCAGAAAAUGAACUUGUUUCUUACAAAGAACCUGAAAACCAGUACCCUUGGACUAUAAAUGAAUUUAUAGCGCCAAAUGACAUUCUUCAAAUCUAUCAACAGUCUUGCAUGAAGCAUAACACCAUAGAAUUAGAUGCAAUAAAGUCACAGAUUCUGGAGAUAAAAAACAAUUUGAAUCACUCAGCCACUCUGAAGUUAAGUGGAAUUAAGAUCAGUCGAGAAGUGAAUGAGACAUUGGAGGACAUUUUAAAAGUCACGAAUUUCCACUCAUUAGCAUUACAGGAAUGUCAAUUUACAUCUGAGACUAUGACUGAGUUUUUAAAUAUGCUGGAGUAUUAUAAAUCCGUUUGCCAUUUUGAAAUUGCAAUGAAUUUUGAUGAUGAUGAGACAUGGAAGUGUUUUUGUAAUGCUUGUUCUAAUAUUAUGGUCUUGGAGUCCCUUUCUUUUAAGGGUAUGGUUUUGAGUGAACCCUAUAUGAGACAUCUCAUGAGUGCUAUUAAGAACAACCCUAACAUCACUACACUGAAGUUUGAUGGUUGUAUGCUAGUUAAGUUACCCACUUUUUAUUUAGUUGACUCUCUAAUGACAAAUCGAACAAUAUGUGAGCUCUACUUACCCUCAACUGGAUUGUAUACUAAAGAAGCAGAUGCCCUUCAAAGAUUUCUUGUUAAUAACAGACACUUAAAAGUACUGGAUAUAAGCAACAACAACUUGGGAGAUCGGGGAUUAGAAGUUCUUGCUAAAGGAUUAUGCCAACAAACAAUCAUUGGUUCGGGCCUUUCAGUACUUGUUAUCUUCAACAAUCAAAUUACUGAGAAGAGUGGCCCUGUUAUCAAAAAUAUUAUUGUUGAAUGCAAAAAUUUGCACACAUUAAACAUUGGCUACAAUAAUUUAACUGAUAAAGUGCUUUAUUAUAUAUCUGAUGGGUUACCUUACACCCAAUCUUUAGAAGGGUUGGGCCUUCAGUGUACCCUUUUGACAUGCAAAGGAAUUCUGGCCCUAUCCAAAGCCAUCCCCAGUAACUUUUCUCUACAAAAAAUCAAUUUAAAAGGAAAUAAGGCUAUUCAACUUCAGGGAAUUGAGAAGCUCUGUACUGCCUUGACAGCAAAUCAAAGAAUUAUAAAAGUGGAAAUUGAUGAUCAUAAUCGAUCCUGUAAUGACCCAGAGGCAUAUUCACAACUAGUGAAAAAACUCAGUGCAAUUUGCACAAUCAACAAAAAUUAUAUGGAAGCGAGCAGUAGCAGCAGCAGUGACGAAGAUGACGAGAUAUUAAAAAUAUCUCAAAAAAUUUCUAGAAAGGUUUCUUUAAAUUGCGAACCGAAAUUCGCAGUGCCUGAUCCUACUAGGACUUUUCAGAUUGGUUCACCUAUUCCAUCACCAGCAUCAAGUCCAGCACCACGUAGCCGGUUUCAGAUAGUAAAGGUUGCCGAAAAUGGAUUGAAAGUUAUGGAAACCCCUUCACCGAGUAGCAGUAGUUGUAGCAGCAGCAGCGGUAGCAGCGGCAUUGGUGGCAGCAGGUUUAAAGUGACCAGGGUUCCUCCUUUAAGUCCAAGCUUGGAUGACGACAUUAACCUGCCGGGAAACAGAUUUUCGAACAUUAGAAGCAGUGUUUCUUCAAAUGACAGCGUUGAUUCAUUGGCAACUAUCCAUUUGGAAACUGAUGAUGAAGUGAGUGAUCAAUAGACGGUUUUUUUAAUUUGU